AUCGGAUUUAUCAGUAGUCUAGGUACUAUAAAAACUUUUAAAUAUGUAAAACUACAUCAUUUUAGUACAAGAAAAAAUGAAGAGAGGAAUGGUAAUUGUUGUAUUUUGCAGUUUUUUGCUGUAUUUCAAGGCAAGUUCUGCAGAAAAUAACGAAAGUAAUUUGAAAGAAAUAUUUAAAGAAAGCCACGACUAUUGUGUUAAAGAAUCCCAUGUAAAUGAAGCUUUGGUAAAUCAGGCAAAAUAUGGUCGAAAUUUUGUUAACAAUCCAGAGUUAAAAUGCUAUUUGUUUUGUUUAUUUACCCACUUUCAAAUUAUUGAUAAAGAUACAGGAAAAUAUACUGUUUCUGCUUAUGAAAAAAAAAAUCCAAAGGAAAUAAAGGAAAAAUUCGGCCCUGUUUUAAAAAAUUGUAAAGUUAAAGACUUUGACAGUGAUAAUUUUUGCGAAGAAGCUUGGGAAUAUUUUACAAAAUGCUUUGUAAAUCAGCCCACUGCAAGUUCUGCAGAAAAUAACGAAAGUAAUUUGAAAGAAAUAUUUAAAGAAAGCCACGACUAUUGUGUUAAAGAAUCCCAUGUAAAAGAAGCUUUGGUAAAUCAGGCAAAAUAUGGUCGAAUUUUUGUUAACAAUCCAGAGUUAAAAUGCUAUUUGUUUUGUUUAUUUACCCACUUUCAAAUUAUUGAUAAAGAUACAGGAAAAUUUACUGUUUCUGCUUAUGAAAAAAAAAAUCCAAAGGAAAUAAAGGAAAAAUUCGGCCCUGUUUUAAAAAAUUGUAAAGUUAAAGACUUUGACAGUGAUAAUUUUUGCGAAGAAGCUUGGGAAUAUUUUACAAAAUGCUUUGUAAAUCAGCCGACUGCAAGUUCUGCAGAAAAUAACGAAAGUAAUUUGAAAGAAAUAUUUAAAGAAAGCCACGACUAUUGUGUUAAAGAAUCCCAUGUAAAAGAAGGUUUGGUAAAUCAGGCAAAAUAUGGUCGAAUUUUUGUUAACAAUCCAGAGUUAAAAUGCUAUUUGUUUUGUUUAUUUACCCACUUUCAAAUUAUUGAUAAAGAUACAGGAAAAUAUACUGUUUCUGCUUAUGAAAAAAAAAAUCCAAAGGAAAUAAAGGAAAAAUUCGGCCCUGUUUUAAAAAAUUGUAAAGUUAAAGACUUUGACAGUGAUAAUUUUUGCGAAGAAGCUUGGGAAUAUUUUACAAAAUGCUUUGUGAACCAGCCGACUUUUAUAAUGCCAUGAAUAUUAUUGGCAUAUAUAUAAUAAAGAUAUACUUCAGACAUGUAGAAAUACUUCAGACAUGUAGAAAAUAAAGAUUAAAAAUCAUUUUUUUUUAUUUUUAACACACAUUUAGGGUAGUUUAAAAUAACAAACUAGACUAGUUUUUAUAUCGCCUAAA